ACCGCGUUGCAUUCUUGCGGCUCACGAGUCACGACCACCCAACCCAACCCACCCACGAAGACGUCAACACGAACGCGAACGCGCGCGCGACGGCGCGAGCCGUAUGUAAGGUUCGCUGCGGCUUCUUCUUCCGCUCGCCCGCGCGCUCAUGGCCGCACUCCGCCACGCGACGCGGCGCGCGUAGGAGGCAGGCGGCUCGUGCGUAUAAGAGGCGACGAGACGAGACGACGACAAGAAGACGCCGGAAGCAGAGGCAGGUAGCGUAGCGGCGGCAGUGAAGCGAGGGACGACUAGCGACGAUGAGUUCUCGCUCGGCGGCGCGAGGAGGGGUGCCGCGGCCGAGGAGGCCGAGCAGCGGCGGCGGCGGCGGCGGCAGUAACACGCCGAGGCCGGGCGGUGGGGGUGGCGUGUUCCCCGGGCGAGCGGAGGGGUUCAACUGGUGGGGCGCGGGCGGGCGAGCGGCGGCGGCGGCAUCGACGGCGCCGUUGGCGAGGCGGCAGGCGUGCGGCAGGGCAGGCAGGGCGUCGGCGAUGGCUCGGGUGCCGACGGGGAACCGGGAGGUGGUGCGGCGGGCGCUGUCGCCGCCCGCCACGCGCAGCCGCGGCGCCGGCGCGCUGAGGAGGUGGAGCUUCCGGCCGGCGCCGAGCCGGCUCCGCAACGCGUCGUCGUCGCCGUCCUCCCCUGCCUCGCCACGGUCGCCGUGAUUUUUCUCCUCUGCCGCCAUGGCGGCGGUUCUGACCGGAUUUUGGCAUUCUUCCGUUGGUGACUUGGGGUAGGCACCGGAGAUUACUGUCCUUUGUAAUUAGGAGUAGUAGUUUGUAACGUUUAAUUUUUAGAUGAUGAUCCUCUGUAAUUAGUAGUUCCAGAUUAAUUCUUUUGACAUGAUACACGUACACUGGGAAAAUGAAUUUUGAGAAUUACACAGUA